UCUCCGCUUCCAUUCCCCGAGGCCGUUGAUGCGGGCGGCUCCACCUGCCAGGCACACCGGCGGCCGGUCUCUAUAGUACCGCGUGGUACUCACUGCGCCUGCCGACGAUGCCCGCGGGCGUGCCCAUGUCCACUUACCUGAAAAUGUUCGCAGCUAGUCUCCUGGCCAUGUGCGCAGGGGCAGAAGUGGUGCACAGGUACUACCGACCGGACCUGACAAUACCUGAAAUUCCCCUAAAGCGUGGAGAACUCAAAACAGAGCUUUUGGGACUGAAAGAAAGAAAACACAAACCUCAAGUUUCUCAACAGGAGGAACUUAAAUAACUAUGCCAAGAACUCUGUGAAUAAUAUGUCUUAUGUACAGAGUAAGUGGUCUGGCUACUGAGGGAAAGUCAUGAUUUGAAUCCGAGUCUCCUGUAAGAUAAUGACUUCAUGAAGAUGAAAAAUCAGUUUUAUGGUUAUUAAAGUAAAAAUUUACCUUGGGUAAAAAUGCCAUCUUUAUUUCAUUAAGUGCUGGUUCUAAGUGACUUCCAAUAAGAUACAUUUUCUUCCUGUUUUGAAGUUGAUCCCCGUUGUGAAAAAUAUACAUUGUAGUGGUCAUGGAAAUGCGCCAUCCUGACUC